AAAUUUCGUGUCGUCACUUCCUUCAACACAUUUUGGCGAGUAGCGGCAAAGAGCGCUCUCUGCUAACUAGGAUCUAAUAUUGAUCUUUAGAUCGUUGUGCUUAUUUGACUUUCGCAGAUCCGAUCUAAUGUAUACGAAACGCUUAAAAUCUGGCUGAAUUGUUGCGUCAUAUGUUAAAGUCUUAAUUUACCGGCUUCUUGCUAUCAAGCGUUGUUGGCUAGCGAUAACUAUCCAUCACUAUGGCCAGUGCAGCAAACGCAAACCUAAACGCAGUCCGGGAGACAAUGGACGUGCUGCUGGAGAUCUCCAGGUUGCUCAACACUGGCUUGGAUAUGGAGUCUCUAUCCAUAUGUGUGAGACUGUGUGAGCAGGGCAUCAACCCAGAAGCCCUUUCUGCAGUCAUCAAAGAAUUGCGAAAAGCUUCUGAGUCCCUCAAGGCUUCUGAGAAUUGCACUAACUGAAGAUGAAAAUAGAUCAGGUUUUGGGCCUUUAAUGGGAUCACGCCUUCUACCUGAAGUGUACAUACAUGGGCUCUCCAGCUGAUCAGAUUUGUCUCAAUUUUGGCACUUUGUGACUUGAGUGUUUUGAGUUGUCCUGGACUUUUUUUUUUUAUGUUGUCUUCUCCUGAAAUGAGUUCAUACUCAGCCAUUCUCCCUCAAAUAUAGACAUAUUCCAAGUUUUUCCUGUUACUUCAGGUUAUAAUUGAUUUUCUGCCUUAAUUUCGGUGCAGACUCAAUUUCUGAUCAUUGCUUUGUGUUGCACUUUUUUUUUAAUGUCUAUAAGAUAUUAUGUUUUGUUUUACUUUUGCAUUUCUGUAUUUUUUCCAACUUAAUUCUUUUGCCAUUUUCAUUUUACAUGUCACAGAUGGAAUAGUGUAAAUUAAAGUAAUACAAUC